AUUCCCACACGUAACACAGUUCCAUUUAAAUAAAGCUGUUUGGAUAUACUUCACCGAGUAAGGCUCUGCCUUCGAAGGUUUUCAGAUCAUUAAAACUGUGUCAGCAAUGGCCGGCCCAUUGGCCUUUGUGGCCACGGCGGGUCUGUUGGUCCUUUGUCUGCGCAACACAGUUUCAGCAGAAAAACUUGUCUGGCAGGACGAGUUCGACACUUUCGAUCUCAACAAAUGGAACCAUCUUGUCACAGCGUGGGGGGGAGGCAACCAGGAGUUUCAAUAUUACCGGAACAGCAGGAAGAACAGCUACGUGAAGGACGGGGUUCUAUACAUCAGACCAACUUGGACUUCCGCAGAAUACGGAGAUGACUUCCUGUACAGUGGCAGCCUCUCAUACUCGGACUGCAACAUGCAACCCUGCACUUCAUCAGCCGGCAACGACAUUGUAGAGCCGCUUCAGUCCGCCAGGAUAACAAGCAACUUCUCCUUCAAAUACGGAAGGGUAGAAGUCAGGGCUAAAUUACCGAAAGGCGAUUGGAUCUGGCCUGCUAUCUGGAUGUUACCGAAGAACUCCGUCUAUGGUGGCUGGCCUCGAUCUGGUGAAAUCGAUAUAAUGGAGAGUAAAGGAAAUGCCAACUACAAAGAUGGGAACGGUGUGAACGUAGGAAACACAUUGGCGGCUUCCACCCUGCACUGGGGUCCCGACGCAGAUCAUAACAACUACUGGAGAACACACUGGGAAAAGAAUAUCCAAAACACUGGUAAGAGCUUCUCUGAUGACUACCAUUUGUUUGGACUGAAAUGGACCGAUAAUCACAUAAUCUUCACUAUUGAUAAUGAACAAAUUGGAGAUGUGUGGGCUCCACAGAAUGGAUUCUGGUACUAUGGAGGGUUCCAAAACAAUCCGGGUGGCACCAAUAUCUGGCAAAAUGGGAACUGGAUGGCACCAUUUGACCAAGAGUUUCAAAUCAUUUUGAACGUGGCCGUCGGUGGUAACUUCUUUCCUGAAGGGCUUGGCAACCGGCCCUGGAGCUGGGACGGUCAUCCCAUGAGAGAUUUCUGGGAACGUCGCAGCGAAUGGCUACCAACGUGGCACGAGGAAGAGGCAGCUAUGAAAAUUGAUUACGUCCGCGUUUAUCAGGAAUAGAACACUCUACAGUCUAACGCAAAAAAGGCCUAUAGGUUUAUUGUUAUAAUAAGAUACAUUAACAUUUCAAAAUGGUUUAGGCCACUCAAUGUGUCGCCAAUCUUAAAAAUGAAAAGUAUAAUAAUACUGCAGUAUUUCUAAAUUAAUUGUAAACUGGCCUACAAGAAGAAAACUAUAAUGUUAUACAUUCAUGAAGAUGAAAUAUUAAAAAAAAAA